GUUAGCGCAACAGAAAAUUGGCGAAAAUAACACAACAGUGACACAGUGAACGAACCCCGCAGCGACGCAAGCGUGACGCAAGUAGUGAGAUCUUUGUCCCAGAUACUGUUGUCAAGGGUAUGUUUGUUUAAAGAGCGCUGCGUUGGUACACAGGUAUGGUUUGUUUGGGCUACAUGCAGAAAAGUACAGACGCGUACUUCGGGUAUUUCCAUAUUAUUAGCAUAACUACUACAGCAUUCCGCCAAAUCAAUUAAGUGUCGAAUGGCUAUAUUGAUGGACGAAAAAGUACCGAAGCCUUUCAUCAUUCAGAUUAUGCACAUUUCCUGUACAACAUGUCAUAAACACCACCUAACAAUUAUUGACGAUAUAGUUCACAUCUACCUUACAAUUCAAAUAUUGACCUAGUACCACCCCAAGAAGGCUCAUCGAAGUGACAUUCAUGGUCAUCACAGUUUCUGUUUCCUCCUUCCUUCCUUCCUGUUGGAGAAACCAGUUGCAGGUCCAGCUGGUUCGCCAUGGAUGCCGUCAUCUUGGUCGCCUUAGUCCUGCUGACUGGACUAGCCGUUCAGUCCGCAGACCUUUCUUGUAAGACGUUCGAAGAAAUCUAUCCCAGCGGGAAGGAGCUGUGCGAGAAGAUGUGGGGCGACGGCUUCGUGUACGAGACGAACCUCAGCUUGGGCUUCACCACGUGGUUCUUUGAAGCCGAGAAUCCAAAUAACAAAGUGGCUGAGAGGCUCGGAUGGCCCUCACCGGUUGAUGACUGUCACUUACAGUCCUUACAUAAGGAAGCUCCAGGACCAGAACCAGACAACUUCACGGAGUGCUACCCUUGGAGGGACUACUCCUGCUGUCACCAGGACACCGUACAGAAAAUCAAGGAAGCGUACGGCAAGGAAUGGCACUGGGAGCGGUGUGGUGCCCUCAGUUCUGCCUGUAAUCGCUUCUUCGUGCAGCUGGCCUGUCUGUACGAAUGUGAGCCGAACGCAGGUUUUUACCGGAAAUUCCCGGACCACGUCUACAACGACUCGGAUCCGAACCACAACAAGUGGCAGAUCGAGGGAAUGCCCAUCCGCGCCGACUACUGUGACGCCUGGUUCAGAGCGUGUCGGUACGACCUAUUCUGUGGGAGUGGGAGCUAUAGUUCAUGUGCCAGGGAGUACGCCAAAGUUGAUAAUACAGGGGAUAACGGGGGAAACGCUGGGCUUAUUGCAGGGGUAGUCGUGGCUUGUGUGAUUGUGGCAGUGCUGAUUGGGACUCUUGGUUUUAUCAUUUUCCGAGAGAGAAAGGGGGAACCUUUGUUCAACAAACCAGUCGAAGGGCCAAGCAUUGAACAUUCGGUUCUACUUCCGGGGUUUUCUAAGACGGCACAGAUCACGUAGAACUAUAAAUUAUAUAUUAGAUUAAAGCUAAGGUUUUCGUGAACCGACACACAAAUUUCAAGAGAUAGAGAACUCGUCAUGACUGUAAAACCGUUACAAACAUGGCAGUCAGGUUCUAUAGGUACACGAUGAGAUACUGCGCUCCGCGGUAGAACGCGCGAGGAGCCGCGUACUUUAUAACGGAGUGAAAAUCUUCUAUUUUGGUGCUGUGCUAUCAACCAAUUAAGUCGACAAAAUGCUAUAUAUCAAAUGAAAGUAAAGGUUUCUAGAAAUCAGUACACACAUUUUCAAGAAUGUUCAUGAAGUCGACUUGUUUACAACACCGUGACAAAUUUGACCGUCUGGUUCCGUGGUUGUAUGCAGAGCGACCACGUUCAGAGGCGUAGAACACGAUGUCUUGGUGCCGUAUCUUUAUAACGAGGUGACAAUUUUCAGUGUUGUACCAUUGUGCAAUAAACCA